GUCAGUUCAGAGACGGAGCCAAAGCUCACUGAGUUUUUGUUCGAUUUAACGAGUUCUCUGCCGUUUAAAACGUGUUAAACUACCGGUGCUCUGUUCAGAAACGGUUAACACUGUCGGUAACCGGGAACGGACACAUCCGGGAGAUGAAACUGCUUUAGGACGAACCGGUAACUUUGGUGAUGUGCGUACCUGCGCUGAUGGCGGCGCUCUGAGGGUGACAGCGGGAGAGACCUCACCCUUCCUCCCCUCCUCCCUUCACCCCCACCCCACCCUCCGAAGGCUGCACAGAUGUUUUCACUCGAUCAGGAAAACAUCUCCACCUCCCCUGCUUCCACCAAAGGACCAGUCAAAUAUGGAGAGCUCAUUGUGCUGGGGUGUAACGGCGCUCUGCCCAGCGGGGACAAGGGCAGGCGGAAAAGCCGCUUCGCUCUGUGUCGCCGGAACAAGUCCAACGGUGUGAAACCCAGCACUGUCCACUCAUCCUGCACCCCUCAGGCUGCCAAGGCUGUGAGCAACAAGGAGCAGCACAGUAUUUCCUACACUCUGUCCCGGGCGCAGACGGUGGUGGUGGAGUACACGCACGACAGCGACACUGACAUGUUCCAGAUCGGUCGUUCCACGGAGACUCCCAUUGACUUUGUGGUGACGGACACGCUGCCCGGUGGUCAGAACCAAGCUGAUGGCCAGACGGCCCAGAGCACCAUCUCCCGCUUCGCCUGCCGCAUCAUCUGCCAAAGGAAUCCUCCUUACUCUGCACGCAUCUACGCCGCCGGCUUCGACUCGUCCAAGAACAUCUUCCUCGGGGAGAAGGCGGCCAAGUGGAGGAUGCAGGACGGUCAGAUGGACGGGCUGACCACCAACGGCGUUCUGGUGAUGCACCCGCGCCACGGCUUCAGCCAGGGCUCCAGACCGGGCGUGUGGAGGGAAAUGUCCGUCUGCGGAAACGUCUUCACGCUGCGGGAAACCAGAUCAUCUCAGCAGAGAGGCAAGAUGGUGGACUCUGAGUGUAACGAGCUGGUGGACGGCUCCCUGGUGGACCUGUGCGGCUCCACCCUGCUGUGGCGCACCGCGGCCGGCCUGGCGCACACGCCCACCGUCAAGCACCUGGAGGCGCUGCGGCAGGAGCUGAACGCCGGCCGGCCGCAGUGCCCCGUGGGCCUCAACACGCUGGCCUUCCCCAGCCUCCGCCGCAAAGACGCCGUCCCGGACGAGAAGCAGCCCUGGGCCUACCUGCGCUGCGGCCACGUGCACGGCUACCACGGCUGGGGGGGCCGCCGGGACCCCGCGGUGGGCGCCGAGCGCCAGGAGAGGGAGUGCCCCAUGUGCCGCACGCGGGGCCCCUACAAGCCGCUGUGGCUGGGCUGCGAGGCGGGCUUCUACGUGGACGCCGAGCCGCCCACGCACGCCUUCGUGCCGUGCGGCCACGUGUGCUCGGGGGCGACCGCGGCGUACUGGAGCCAGAUCCCGCUGCCGCACGGCACGCACGCCUUCCACGCCGCGUGCCCGUUCUGCAUCCAGCCGCUGGGCGGAGAGGCCGGCUGCGUCAGACUCAUCUUCCAAAGCCCGCUGGACUAGAAUCACUCGGGACUUCUUCUUCUUCUUCUUCUUCUCUCAAAGCCGUAAC